CUAAGAUUCUCUCUCUCUCUCUCUUAACAUGAGAAGCAGCUAUAUAACUCAUGCCUUUUAACCAUAAACAAGAAAAGAAACACUUCUGUGUGAAAAUUAUCGGAGAAGAAGGAAAAAUAAUGGGCGGAGGAAACAAAUUUCAAGAACCAGUGAAGAUUAACCGUAGGAGACAAGUAAGGAAAGAGAAGGAAGAAGAUGAAGUCAAUGAAAGCUUCAAAUCGCCAAAUCUUGAAGCUGAGAGACGUAGAAGAGAGAAGCUACAUGGUCGGCUUAUGGCUCUGCGAUCUCAUGUUCCAACUGUCACAAACAUGACUAAAGCGAGUAUUGUUGAAGAUGCGAUUACUUACAUAGGAGAGCUUCAGAAGAUUGUUGAGAAUCUUACAGAGAAGCUUCAUGAAAUGGAAGAAACUCCUCUUGAGAUUUAUGAACAACAAACGGUUCAUACUAUAAAACCUGAGGUUGAAGCUAUUGAUUUGAAAAUGGAGAUGAAGAAAACGGGAAUCGAGGAGAAUGUGCAGUUUUGUAAGAUUGGGAAGAGGAAGUUUUGGUUAAAGAUCACAACUGAGAAGAGACCUGGGAUCUUUACUAAAUUCAUGGAGGUUAUGUGCCUGUUGGGAUUUGAGAUCAUUGACAUUACUCUAGCUACUUCAAAUGGAGCAAUUAUUAUUAGUUCCUCUGUUCAGAUACUUCAGGGACUAUGUGAUGGUGACUCUGUUGAUCCUCAACAGACAAAGGACUUUCUGUUGGAAGUCAUGAGAAGCAAUCCAUGAGUGAUACAUCUUGGAACUUUUCUAGCUAAUAAAGAUUUCCCUUGAUUCACAAUUUUUAAU